CCACCCAUCAGGUUUUUCCCGCUCACUGGCUCCACGCGCGAUCCGCGCGGCUUUCUGUGGUUCUGCGCAUGCCCAUUGCGUAGCUCCCGCCCCUGCUCUCCGGUUCCGCGCAUGCUCUGUUAAGCUCCCCGGCUCUCAUGUCCUACUCCUACCCCGCGCUGUGGAAGGUUCUGGCCGGGGCAGCCCUCUGUCUGUCACUGGAGAUGAUGUUCCGCUGUAUCCGCCGGAGGCGGCGGCGACCACUGCGGGAGGUACUCUUCUUCCCGGCUCCGCUCUCCUGCACGGAGCCAGUGCUGUCCCCGGGCCUCAGCUGCCCGUGCCCUCUUCCUCACACGGACACCGCCCUCUGUCGGCUCCUGCGGCUGCUCUUGGGGGCCCAGCGCAGCCUGGAGGUCUGCGUGUUCACUGUGUCCAGCCAGCCACUGGCCCGGGCCGUGCUCCAGCUUCACCACCGUGGAGUCCGGGUACGAGUCAUCUCUGACAGCGACUACAUGGCGUCCCACGGCUCCCAGAUCGGGGUCCUGAGGCAGGAAGGGGUUGUGGUGCGACACAACCAGUCAGAGGGUUACAUGCACCACAAGUUUGCGAUUUUGGACAAGUCGGUGGUUAUCACGGGUUCCCUGAACUGGACCGUGCAGGCUGUCCACACCAACAAGGAAAACGUUCUCAUCAGCGAUGACCAGGCGUACGUUCAGGCGUACCUGGAGGAGUUCGAGCGGCUCUGGGAGGAGUACGACCCGGCGACUUACGAUUUCUUCCCAGAAAAAGACCAGAAAUGAUAGAAUUCUGCAGAUCCCAGUUGGUUUAUUCCCAUUCGUGCCUCUAACGCUGGAGAUGUAUGCUGUACAGAGGAGUCUCCGGGCAGCAAUUAACUUUUAGGUUUGAUUCUAUCCUCUGUACCGUUUUAAAAAAAAAAAAAUAAAAAGUUACCCUUUGAAAG